GUUUAAAUACCCAACACGUGACUUCUGAGAUCAUAUGUACUCAUUACAUCAAUAUUUACAAGUUCAGUUAAAUUUUCUGACUUAACUCUAUAGUUUCUGUAAUUUGCAGAAGCAUACUGAACUCUGUUUUGACCAUGGAGUUUCAACCUUCAAAGAUUGCUCGUCUUGCAGAUUCUAGUACUGGGUCACCUCCAAUUGGGCUAGGACUUGCACUUGGACGUGGCGGGGUCUGCGGCGGCAGCGGUGGCGGGUUAAGUGAUGAUGAUCGUCAUAGAGCAUUGGCUCCGACGAGUGGCUACACAAAACCAUCAGCUUCUUCUUGUUGUUAUGGGUUCACAGUUGUUCAACUUGGAGAGCUUCAGCUUCAGUCUCUGAUCUACAAAUAUAUAGAAGCAGGGUGUCCAGUUCCGUACAAUCUUAUUCUUCCUAUUUGGAAAAGUGUUUCUUGCUCCCUCGAUUCAACCUUGUUCCAACUUUUCCCCAGCUUUAUGGGAGUUAGCCAAAUGCAAAUGGAGUAUAGGAACGGGGUUGAGGCAGAGCCGGGGAGAUGUAGAAGAACAGACGGGAAGAAAUGGAGGUGCAGCAAAGAAGCGUUGCCUGACCAAAAGUACUGCGAACGACACAUGCAUAGAGGCCGUCCGCGUUCAAGAAAGCUUGUGGAAGCUGCUUCUCAUGAUCAAACGACAAGUAGUAGUAGUAGUACCAACCUAACCAUUUCACUCCCUGUAACUAGUAACACUGAUCUUUUUUCACUGAGUGGGUUCUAUUGUAACAGUGCCCAUCAUGGGCCUAUUCCAAGGAAUUGAAUAAUGUCCAUUUUCAGUAGGAAA